AUGUUAUCAAAUCAGCCUGUUACCGCCGUGUACCAUUAUCGUGUACUUGUCUUUGAAAUAAAUCAUUAUCGUGCUGAUGAUGAUAAAGAUUUGGAUUAUGUACCUGAGUCAACCGGUAGCACAACUGGUUCAAAAAAACGUAAGAAAUCAUCUAAAGGAGUAGAAGAGUCCGGAACUAAACAUACAUAUGUCUUGGUAUGGAAUUUAUAUGAAGAUUGGAAACAAAUAGUUGUGGAGUGGACCAUUGAUGAUACGAACAUAAGUGAUGCAUUUUUCCGCUUCAAACGUUUUGCUGAAUCAAAAGCAAACAGACAUGAAUUGAAAUUCUCAGAGCAUCCCGGCGAAAUUCUCGCUCUAAAUUCUAUACUCCUUUUGGAGGAAAACUCUGUCCGUGUACAAUUGAAUAUUUCAUCAGCCAUCCGCGCAAAGAUUUUUGAGCAAAUGAGGGCAAUGUACCCGAAAUACGAUUUGCCGAAAGUGGUUGAAGAUAUGUCAAAUCGAUGUGCUCAAGUUGCUCGAAAACAGACCAGGGAGGCUCUAGAAGAAGAAAUUGACAAUGCUUAUAGUGAUUUAAGGACGAACUUGAGUCCAUCCGAUAAAAAAUUGCUGAGGAUCAGUCAGAAUGUUUGGAAUCACAUUGCAGAGAAUUGGCGAACUAGUUUUGAUAGUCCUCGAACAAUAGAAGACACCCACGUACACCAUUCAAUACAUCCUUUCUUACGUCCAUUUUCCCCGAUGGACCGGAUAGGACAGGCAAACAAGUUGUCGUUCGUAAGCGCAUCUAGGAAAACAAAUGACAAUGACCAAGGCGAAGGACAUAAACCCGACUUCACAAUCACAGUUAAUAAAAGAAGUGGCAAAUUUGAAGUUGUAUUUGGCUUAUUCAAAUCGCCUUGCAAAAGUAGCUGUCAUUUCGCAAAUGUUGAUUUAGUGGAUUUAGGAGUGUUAAUGAAAGACUCACUAGAUAACAUGUAUAAAGAAAAACGUAUUGAAUUAGACAUGGCUGUAUUUGGAAUUCACGCAUUUGGUUAUAAUGUCCGUGUAUAUGCUAUGGAUCUUUCGUAUGGUGCUGUAUACAGAAUGUAUUUGAUGGGAGAAUUUGAAUUGCCAAAAAGUAAUAUUAGCCUGUGUUUGGUUGAAAACGCAUUACAUGAAGUAGAAAAUUUGAAGAAUUUCGUAGAAGAAUAUAUUGAAAGGCUUCCAUCCUAUACCACUAAUAAUGACAUUGUAAGAACCCCAACCGAAAAGAUGAGGAUGAUCAGGAAAACGGUAGCAACUCCUCGCAAG